AAAAAAACAAGCGCCAAUUCCAAACCGCGAAAUUUCAAAAUUUGAUAUAUCUUUUAACAUUAUCUUGUAUAACUCUUUUGUUGGAUUUUGAUGAAUUCAAACCCAAACCUUCAAAGCAUCAAUUCUCAGGUUCCGAGUUCGAUGUCGUCGCCCUCAUGCCCUUCUGAGCUUCCUGAUGUUGGGAAUUGGUUCUCAAGCUAUGAAUAUCAGUCUCCCAAUCUGGAUUCAAAUUUCACUCUCGAAGAAUCGGCUUUUAGAAAACAAGAAUCUCAGCAAGAUGAAAAGAAGGAAGGGGAUUUUGAUAAGGUUAGGGUUCAUGAUGAAGAGGUUGUUAUAGAGAAGCUAGUGCAGUGUAGUGAAACUUGUGUUAAAGAUGAUAAUCAGAAAGAGGACCCAUGUUUGAUUAAGAAUCUGGAUUCUUGCAGCUCAUGCACACAAUUCUCUGAGCCUCCGGAUAUCAGAAACUGGUUCUCUAGCUACAUUUAUGAGUCUUCAACGUUUGAUACAAAUAGUCUAUUGAGCAAUGAAGAAGUUUCUGAAGGGAAUAAGUGUGAAGAGGAGAGGUUUGAUUUUGAAGUCGUUAAUAAAGACGAAGUCAGGUCUGAGAAUGUGCCCCCGAAAGUUUGUGUUGAACACAAUGGCUCUUUUGAUAAAAACAUGGAGGAUGAUGGAAGUACUGGAAUGAAGAAAAAUUUAACUAUUGCCGGUACUUCUCAUUUGGAAAAGAUUUUGCAGCCAUGCAUGCAAGAUAAGGCCCUGCAACACAGUCUUAAUUCAACCACGCAUAAUGAGCCAGUAAACCGGAAUCAUGGAAUUCCUGGUUGUAAUGGAGAAGCACAUUUAAUGUCAUUGGACACCGAUACAAGUGCAAUGAGGCCUCCAAAGCCAGUACAAAAGCAUGCUACUGUCGAAGAAGCGAAAUCAAAAAUUGAAAUCAAAGCUGAGGAGCCUGACAUCAGCGCAUGUUUAGCUAAAAGCUUCUCGGAUAGAAACUCAACUUAUACAAGACAUAACGAAAAUGAUGGUUUUGUUACAACGAGGAAGAACAGUUGCACUAGAAAAAAUAAUGAAAAUUCUUGGAAGAAACCAGAAAAGACAUUAUUGCAGUGUUCAACAAGUACAGGAACAGUUCCAUUGUCAUGUGAAAAGAAGGGUGUUGCAAAGAGAAAGGCAUUGACAGAAGCAACCAAUCUUCAACAGUCCAAUGUCAUCGAGAUUACAGGGAAAUGGCAUUGCCCACAGAAACGUAAGCCUGAUCGUGGGCCUGCUUUGAAGCAACUUAGGCUUGAGCGAUGGGUUCAAAAGGUUGGAAAUAUCUCUCCUCAUUGACAUAGUUGGCUCAUGUCCUAAAUUCUAUAGCAUAUUAUUUGUCCAUUAACGUAAUAGUACUAUAACAUUAGGAAAUACAAAAUUGCUGAAACAUUCGAGGUGUAUUACAUAGACUAUCUUGUAUUACUCAUGCAAUUUGGUUCAGAGUGUGUGGUAUGGUUGUUUGUAGAAUAAUUUUUUUUAUUAAUGACCAUUACUCAA